GUAUUAAAUGUAAUACCCCUGAAAGUGGUUACUUUCCUGUUUUUGUAUUUUGAGCGCGGUUUGUCCUUGUAUAUGUCUUCUUUUUUGUUUAUAGAAGGAGAAACUAGGAUUGAAAUGUUAUUUUAAUAUUAACUUAUUCUAAAAUACUUUUGUUAAAAUGUAGUUGGAUCAUUUUAGUUACAAAGUAGUGUAGAUCUUAACUUUGUUUCUCUCUCUUGAGGGAAUAAUAAUUAAGCCUAGAGUCCCUGGAAGAUAGCCGCAAAUAUUUAUCCAGACGUCUAUGAAGUUUCUCAAUAUUUUAUGUAAUAUUCUACGAUUAAGCCGUUAUUGCGAAUUUCAGCCCAUUGCUGAUUUUAUGUGAUCUGUCAAAUAUAUGUCGGGCUGAUAUCGCAGACGGAGAAGCUUAACCCAUCAGAAAAUUUGAUUAAUCUUCUUUAGUAUGAGGGAUGAGCGCACUCAUAUAAUGCAGGUGAACGGAAUAAACGGCCCAUUGUUGGUAGGAGCUUGUGGAGGAGGCAUUCCUGUGGCUAUGGUCCCAGUUGUACCUGUUGGUGCUAUGAAUGGCACUGAACAGGGAACUCAGGCCACUAUGCCACCUGUUGUUAAUCUAGGAAAUGGUUCACAGGAUUGUAAAUAUGAUGAUAAAAAGAGAAUUAAUUCUUCCCAAGGGCCACAAAAUAAAUCUAUGGCUCGCAAAUUGCCCACCAAUGGUGCUCAAAGAAUGUUCUUGCAGUUCAUAAUCAUUGGAAGAGAGACACAAAAAAUGCAUGGUACUCAGCAUUAGAUGAAUGAUUUCUCAAACUGUUCUUUGUAUGGAAAAUGGAAUGGUAAUUUGUGAGCACAGUGGUCUGACAAGCACAGUGACAGUGCACCUCAUAAUGCACCACUUGGUGAGGUGUAUAAGGUCUUGCAGUCACAACUAGUGAUUGAAACUCUUGGAACUAUCCUCAAGUCAGAUACUGUUUGUAGUUCUGUUUCAACAUCUUUGUGAACCUAAAAAAGGAAGCAUUAAUACACAGCUACAUAAUAUUAUGCAUUAUCUAAACUAUUAAUUUUAUAUUUAUUUUUUAUUUCAUUAUUCUGACAUUCGUAUCAUGACUGAU